CGCCUCCACCACCAGUCCUCGUCUGUCCUCCUAAUCCUCACCAAACGCCAGAAAGCAAAAUCUCGCCUCGCUGCCGUCGGGCUCAUCGCCGUCGCGGUGCGUGGGUGACCGCGAUGGAUCCGAGCCGUCCUCUGCUUCGGCGCGGCGCCAUCCUCUCCUCUUCCGUCCAAGCUGCAACCGCCCUCCUCCUAGUCAUCGUCCUCCUCGUCACGCUCCUCCGCCUCCCCCUCUCCGCCUCCCCACACGCCGCCGCCACCGCCACCAUCACCGACCAGCAUCAGGAGCAGACCUGCGAUCCUACCUCCCCGCUCGACUGCGCCGACCCGCGCUUGUUCCAUCUCAUGAUGCGCAGCGCCAUCGAAGCCUUCCCGGCCGUCCAUUUCGCUCGCUUCGGCCGCCCCGUCCCCGGUGAUCCCCCAUCCUCCUCUUGCGACAUGGCCUGGCGCGCCCGCUCAGACUCCGAUUCCCCCUCCAAGGCCACUACCAAGGACUACCGCCGCUUCGCCAUUGCCCGCGACCCCCACACAUGCGCCUAUUCCGUCCUCUCAAUCGGCGAUUACCAUUCCGGCCCCAAUGCUCGCAAGCCCCGCCGCGGCGCCACUAAUGCCACCAUCGCCACUCCGCCACCGCCUGCGCUCUCCCGCUCCCAGUUCGUCCAGGGCGCGUACCUCGCUUACCUCGGCGGCGGCGACCGCUGCAAGCCCAUGCCACACUACCUGCGCAGCCUCCUCUGCGCCCUCGCCGAGGCUCGCUACCUAAACCGCACCCUCGUCCUCGAUCUCACACUCUGCCUCGCUGCCUCCUAUGCCGCCCCCGGGACGGGCGGAAUGCCUGAGGAAGGCAAGCGCCUUGCCUUCUACAUCGACGUUGAGCACCUACAAUCCCAGGUCCCCAUCAUUGAGGAGAGACAGUUCUGGGCGGACUGGGACAGUUGGGGGGUGCAGGGCCAACUCCGGGCACGCCUCAUUGAGGACACCAAGCUUGUACCUAUAAAGUUCUCCAAGGUGAGGGACACCCUCAUCGUCAGGAAAUUCGGAGAUGUCGAGCCCGGGAACUACUGGUACAAUGUCUGUGAGGGUGAGGCGAAGGAUUUGCUACGCCCAUUGCACUCAGUGAUGCGCUGGGCACCAAGCUUGAUGCACAUUGUUGAUGAUAUCAUCUCAAGGAUGCAACCAGCCUUUGAUUCGGUCCAUAUGAAUGCCAAGGGUGUGGACCUCGGACAGAGGGUUCAGGAAGUUCUUGGUGGAGGGCGGCAGGUGUAUAUUGCAGGGGAGGGGGUCAACAGUGCACUGCUGGAGUCAUUCAAGGCAGAGUGUAAGUGUAUUGUACAUUAUCUGGAUGAAUUUGAGGAUCUGUGGGGGACAGACACCAAGUGGUUCUUGGAGAUGAAGAGGCUCAAUGGUGGUGUUCCUGUGGAGUUUGAUGGGUACAUGCGUGAGGUUGUUGAUAGAGAGGUCUUCCUCAAGGGGAAGAAGAAGGUGGAGGUGCUCCGGUGAUUUGUUUUCUUCUCUCACCUAUAUAAUUUGUUGUUUGCUGAUACAUCCUAGAGAAAUUGUUGAAAAGAAUGAGCGUGCUUUUGUCAAGCUAGUCUUGUAAACCUCACUAUAUCUGGAUUUAGUUCUCAGACUCAUCUGUAUGGGAUUUAUUUUGUUAGCCACUAUGACUUCUGUGGAAAUUUUGGUAACAAUCAAUAUAUGUAUAGUUUUGUGCUUCUGAUAGCACCGGUUCCAUUUAA